CAUCCUCUGGCAGUCAUCCCCCCUCUCAGUUCCUGCUUCUAGCGGCUCCUCCGGGCAUGCUCCUUAAGCCAAAGUAUGGCCGCUUCCGCAACGAGUCUGUGACCUCCUCCGACGACCUGAUGCAGAGCUUAGCCAUGAGCGGCAAAGUUGUGGCCACACCGGUGGUCCCCUCCUCCAACCCGAGCCUCAAUCUGCCUCCUCUGGAUCCCAGUACCAGAUCCUCUUCCUCUGCUGGGGCUGCAGCUCUGGCCGACUCACCCUGCCUGGACGGGGAACAGGAUGCCACCACUACCUUUUGCAUGCUCAUCCCAAGGAUGCCCCAGUGGAAGUUCUCAAACUCUCUGCUUAGUCGGAGCCCAUCCAACUCCAGCUCUAGCUCCAGUUCUAGCAAGGACUCAGGGAAAGCUUCAGCAGCUCCUUCCCAGAGCUCUGUCUCCCUUUCCUCAUCAUCACACAGGCCUGGUGGUGUGACCUCUGCCAGUGGCACUGUGGCCAGUCUUGCAGCAGUGCUUAACUCCUGUGACCCUGUGUGUGUCACCCCCUGUUCUUUGCAGGCCAUUCGGGGACAGAGAGCAGUAGCAGCGGCAAAUUCUGCAAAUUCAGGAGGGCACAGAUUUGGGGCCACAGAGGCAAUGGCGAGCCCUGGGGGAUCCAGCAGUGUCAGGUCAGGAAUGAGCCGCCGGACAAGGGUGGAGGGCAUGUGGCUUGGGGGAGAGGAAAUCACCCAGAAGGGAAACUUUAUCCACAAACCCUCUCAAGGCUGGCUGCACCCUGACAAGAUGAUUGCAGGACCAGGGGCCUCUUAUAUCGUAAGGUACAUGGGCUGUAUUGAAGUACUGAAGUCAAUGCGUUCCCUGGAUUUCAACACACGGACUCAGGUGACGAGGGAGGCCAUCAACAGGCUGUGUGAUGCUGUGCCAGGAGGAAAGGGAGCUUGGAGGAAGAAGGCUUUUAACAAAGCUCUCCAGUCCAUCAUGGGAAAGACUAACCUGAGAUUUGCAGGCAUGAGUAUUGCAGUGAAUAUUUCCAUAGAUGGACUUGGUCUUCUUAUCCCCACUACGAGACAGGUGAUAGCACACCAUCCCAUGCAGUCUAUCUCCUUUGCCUCAGGGGGCGACACGGACACACCUGAUUAUGUUGCGUAUGUGGCCAAAGACCCGGUGAAUCAGAGAGCGUGUCACAUCCUGGAGUGCUCAGACGGUUUAGCGCAGAAUGUCAUCAGCACUAUUGGACAAGCCUUUGAACUGCAGUUCAAACAGUACCUACACAGUCCUCCCAAAACCAUGGCAUCUAUGGACAGGUCUGUCAGGACAGAAGAGCUGAUGUGGGGGGAGGAGGAGGAGUCCUCUGAACAUGACUACUACAACAGCAUCCCAGGGAAGGAGCCUCCUGUUGGAGGAGUGGUGGACUCCAGACUGAGGACCAGUGGAUCAAUGCUGGGUCACAUCCACACCCAACCACAGGCAAGCAAGACAGCAGCACAGAUGGGCUCACCAGCCAGGAGGGAGCCAGCAUCUUAUCCUCCUGGUCAGCUGUGCUAUGAACUUCACUGGGACACAGAGACAACCAGCGGCUCAGGUCUGACAUCAGAUGGGUACCUGUGUGCAGAUGGACAGGCACCAGGCGGCAGAGAUUAUGAAGAGCAUCAGUACGUUAACACCCAGAGUCUGGAAAAUCUGGAAGCACUAGCCAUGGGUCCUGAUGGACACAGAGGGUCCAGGGCCCUGGACAGCCCAAAAAAGGACCUCUUUGACAUGAGGCCCUUUGAGGAUGCUCUGAAGCUCCACGAGGCCUGUGGUGGAGCUGCCGGGUCCGGUGUAUCCACUACAGCAGGAGGAGUUCGAGUCAUGGAGGACCAGUGGCCCAGUCCUCCACGUCGUCGAGCUCCUGUUGCCCCAAAUGAGGAGCAGCUCCGCAGGGAGGCGUGGUACCACAGCCGCAUGAGCAGGCGAGAUGCAGAGAGACUCCUGGUCCGGGAUGGAGAUUUCUUGGUCCGGGAGAGCACCACCAACCAAGGACAGUAUGUGCUAACCGGAAUGCACUGUGGUCUCCCCAAACAUCUGCUGCUUGUGGACCCUGAGGGAGUGGUCAGAACCAAAGACAUGCUAUUCGAGAGCAUUAGCCACCUCAUCUCAUACCACCUGCAGAAUGAGCUGCCUAUUGUAGCAGCAGAGAGCGAGCUCCACCUCAAACAGGUGGUCAGGAAGAAACAAUGGAUACUAGACUACCCCAUGCAAAAUCUACAAAAAACAUAACUUAAAAGCAUUUAUCCCAGAUGGAUGUUUGGAUGGAAGAAUGGAUAACUCUGAUAACUUUUUCCGUAAACAAUUCUACUAAACGGAGCAAAGCCUCUGACAUCCUCCUGUACGUCUUCUGCUUUUGGACUGUCAGGAUCAACAAAAAGGAUCCCUCAUCUGGCACAAACUUCUCAGCAUGCAGUUACAGUACUAAGCUAAAAAAGAAAAGAAAAAGAAAACAGACUCUGCAGUUUGAUAUUUUUUAUCCAGUGAAAAUCAUUAUCUACCAACGUCAACUGAAGACUGAACUUCAGAGAAUCAAAUCAGGAUUUGAUCCACGGAUGGGAAAUGUCCUACAUGCCUCUAUCGAUGAAGUGCUUCCAGAAACAUCACACCCGUUGCCCACUGAACAAGUAACGGACAUCACAAGGACAAACUUAUGUGAUGUAAUAUCUGGGACAAACUGUUAUCAAACUCAGAUUAUAUGAGGAUAUUGUGUAGGUCUUUCUGCAAAAGAAAUUGGACUAUAAGAGACAACUGGGGGAAAAAAAUCGGAUUAUUACACAUAAAAAAAGACUGUUCAUGGUUAUUUUCAGGUCUUCAGUACCUGACUCUGAGAUGGCACAAAGGAAACCCCCUUAACACGAGUCAGUGCUGGGUGAAUUAGCCACAUUCUUCUGCCUUUUUUCCUCUAAAUACAAAACCUCUAUGUAAACAGCUGACUGGAUAUGGAGUUUAUUGACUUGAAAGUGGGAAGUUUAGUCACAUUUACCAUAAAUAUGAGUCAUUUGUGUUGUGUUUGUAAGGGCUGUUAAUAAUUUAAAGUGUUGUGUAAGCCUGAGAACCUGUUACUGGUCAAACUGCACUAACAUGAACGCUCUAUCCUGAGUUAAAAGGACUUCUCUAUAAAAACACUCAGUAUAUCCAUGCCUGUAUUUCCACAGCCUCACUUACUUCAGUGCCUUAAAGACUACAGAGACAGGCGUGUGCCAGUGUAUAUAAUAUGCAUUUAUGCUCCUAAUGCAAAACACUAGUUUUCAUGCCAUGCCAAUGAAUGACUGGACAAACUUCAGGAUGAUUAAGCUCUUAUUCUUGUAAACAGUGAUGUAAGCUGCUCUUGUUUUGUGUGUUUAAUACGUCUUAUUGUGUCAUGAAUGCUGUUGUAUUUGUGUGCGUCUCUCACAACAAUCCCCUCAGUUUUAAUGCAAGCCAUAAAUAGCAUCGGUCUGCAGUGAUUGAUGAGAAAGACUGGGGAUUUGGACAUUAAAUUAAAUCCAUUAUUUGUCCCAGCUCGGGAAUACAUGACUGUAUUGAUUAUCCUUUUCCCACUUCUGUCUUUAAUGCUCAGUGAUUUAAUUCUGCUUUUCUAGCCAAUUUCUGGCAAUCUAAUACUCAGAAAUCUUCCUGGAGAUAUGCCAUAUGCUUUUUGCAUUUCUCUUCGUGUAAUUAGAAACAUAUCUUUAUUAAGGCCUUCCACUGUUCUGGGCUGCAGCCUCAUGAAUGCACAGAGAGAUGAGGUGAACAACAAGGCCUUUAGGGAGGUCCAAAUGUUUGAUUAUUUCAGAUCUCCUUUUUGCUUUCUCAGGAAUUUUUA